UCAAUAUUGUGGUUGAAGUUUUCUCAGUGUUAAUAUUUUAAAAGUAUUAUAAAUAUUGGCACAUAUAAAUGUUUUACACACCGAAAAAUGGCGGGUAGAUUUGUAGUAAUCUGAGAGUCGUGAUGAAAUUUGUGGAAAAUUUAACAAUUGCCCCGGGUCUCCUCUGCUUUUAACUAACCAUACGCACAGUGAUUAAUGACCACAGGUCCUCAGUUCAUAGUUUUCUUCUUUUAUUUCAUGAUAUAUUGGGGUGAUUUACCAAAUGUCAGAACAUUUUCCUAACACGUCUUUAAUCUAUUUCUUCACUCUCAAUACGAGCCGGCCUAGCACUGACCUGACCCAGGCCACCUGGCCCGGAUGUCAUUGUAUCCUGAGACGGGUCAGGUCCUAAGGGUCCGGGCUUUGUUUCUGUGUGUGCAGUGAAGCAGGAUUCACCCUCUUCUAGUCUUUCUCCUCUUUCCUGCUUCCUCUCUCUGGAGACAAAGACCCUGACAGAGGCUUGCAUCUCUGGGGAAGGAGGAGAGAUGGAGAUUUGCCAUCAAAGCUUGUCCAUUCUUGCCAUCCCAUGAUGCAGUGGCUGAAGAGCAUGACAUAUUUCUUUGAUACCCUGGGACCUGCCUGUUGAAAUAUAAUGAUCCAUCUGACAUACUGCUGUAAUCAAUUAAAACACCCAAAACAUGUGGUUGCAUCUGAUUUAAUGUCUUUAUGUUAUAACAUUCAAUUCCAUUGAGUGACAACCGAUUCUUCAAACACUCUCACACUGUCUCACCAGUGUCUGUGGUCUUUAACUCAUUCUGGAGGAAACAGCAUUUCAUUUUUGAAUUUACAAUGCGAACAUUGGCGUCUAUGUGUGUAUUCAGUGGUGUGUGUAUUUUGACAGCGAUUAAGGUUGCGAUCUCACUUGGCCCCUAUAAGGAAGCUCUUACUGUGCGAGAGUUGUGCUUGUUUGGGAGGUUAGUUUGUUUUUGAACGAGCGCCCUCAGCCAAACCAGCUCCUGAAUAGUCGUAAAUCUCUCCUUUUUUUCCCUCUCUCUUUGCCUCCUUAGGUUUUCCAUGCAAACGCAGACCCCUCAGAGGUGGUCCUGAACCGGAUCCCCCAGCCUGUCUUAGCUCGGUUUGUCCGGAUAAGACCUCAGACAUGGAAGAAUGGAAUCGCAUUGCGCUUCGAACUUUACGGCUGUCAAAUCACGGACGCUCCAUGCUCUGAGAUGCAGGGAAUGCUAUCUGGCCUCCUGCCAGACUCGCAGAUCUCGGCCUCCUCCAUGAGGGACAUCCACGGGGCCACAGGUGCGGCCCGGCUAGUGGCCAGCCGCUCAGGGUGGUUCCCCAGUCCAGCGCAGCCUGUGGCUGGUGAAGAAUGGCUGCAGGUGGACCUGGGAGUCCCCAAAACUGUACGGGGUAUCAUCACGCAAGGGGCCCGUGGGGUGGACGGCAGUAGCAGCACGGAGAACCGGGCCUUUGUGCGGAAGUAUAAACUUUCCCAUAGUUUGAAUGGAAAAGACUGGAGCUACAUCAUCGAUUCCAAGACCAAUCUCCCAAAGAUUUUUGAGGGUAACAUGCAUUACGACGCUCCAGAGAUCCGUCGCUUUGACGAGAUUGUGGCCCAGUUUAUCCGAGUGUAUCCCGAGCGGUGGUCUCCCGCCGGCAUCGGAAUGAGACUGGAGAUACUGGGUUGUGACUUGCCAGAAUCUACCACCAUUCCUGACACUGCCACGCCUACCCUCCCUCCUCACGAGGAGACGAAUACUGCCCACAGGACACCAGCUCCCACCACUCUCUCGUCUCUGGGUGGUCUGUGUGACUUUGAGCAUAGUAUGUGUGGAUGGACCCACGACCCCAUGUCUGAUCUGAAGUGGUCUCUGUAUAGUUCCUCUAGUCCUAGCCUGGACCUGACAUUGGGAUCUGACAAUUUUGGAAAUUUCCUGUAUGUGGAGGCGAGUCCUAAGUCAGAGCCCCAGCGUGCGCGGCUAAUGAGUCCGUCCGUGGGACCCGAGCGCCGUCCCGUCUGUCUGCUCUUCUACUACCAGCUGCAGGGUGAAGGUCAGGACAGCCUCCGUGUGCUGCUUCGGGACGAUGACCAGGAGGAGACGCUGCUCUGGGCGCUGAAAGGAGAUCAGGGGCCCAUGUGGAGGGAAGGACGCACCAUCCUGCCUCAGUCUCCUAAAGAAUAUCAGGUUGUCAUCGAGGGCUUCUUCGAGCAUGGCAGUCGAGGGCACAUCUGGGUCGACAAUAUCCAUAUGAGCUCCAGCAUGGAGCUCGAGCAGUGUACACAACCCUUUGCUGCAUUCCCCCCUGAAAUGACUGGGGGAGCCUCACCUGGCUGGAGCGACCCCACUGUUGACACCACAGUGUCCCUGCAGCCCAUGCCCACCUACUGGUAUUACCUAAUAGCCGGAGGUGGUGCCAUUUUCCUCCUGGGCUGCGUCACGUUGGUCAUGGUGCUGUGCUGCCAUCGCUACCACCUGGCGACCAAGAAGAGUCAGCACUCUGUGUCUUACCAGAGCACGUUCACGGGACAGUACACAGGCAGCGGCCCCAGGGGUCUCUCCGGACCUGGGAUGGAGCCGAUGCUAACGAUUAGGUUAGAAAAGCAAGAACCCUGCUCCCAGUGUUGAGAUGACACCAAUGAACAACUUACUUCCGCUGUUUCAAGAGGACAUCUAGGUAGUGUCCUUUAAAGUCUAGGAUAAGGUAAAGAAGAUGUAGACAAGUGCAAGCACCAGAGUUGACGCGUUUUCUGUGACUCUUAUGUGGAGCUCCAGUGCAGUGAAGGAGAAGAUCUGCUGUGCCGAAUGCACAUCCUGCCAAAAUCCUGACUGGCAGGGACCCCUUUUCCCCUUCUGUCUCUCUCUCUCUAUCUCUCUCUCUGUGUGGACGGGAACCUUACUGUGAAAAGCUCUAAUCUCCUGUUCAUGACCAAUCCUAUUGUACAGUCAAGAGAACUCAGCAGCAUUGCCAAACUCUGAGGAGAGCCUGCAAACAGCGGCGGGAGGAAGGCAUUGGUGCAAAAAAGGAAAACCAGGAAACUUUUCCUUGCAUGUGAGCAGCAUCUCGUGCACAUAGGAAAGCUUUGAGGCUUGAGGAGUUUGACAAGAAGUUUAAAAGAGACAAAAGCAUGAACGUUGGACACUCUAGCACACAUGUUCUUGCUAGAGAAUCUGUCUCUUCACAGGAUGUGCGUGGAAGGGUUAGGUACCAUGGAAUGUACUGAAUUGUUAAAAUCUUGGUACCUCUGCAAAGUUAUGAGGUCUGGUCCUUUUAUUUUUCUUUAAGAGCUUGAGCAGAGCAAUGGAUUCGGUCCGUUCCAGUGAUCUGUUUGGUCUCCUUUGACUAUUGAAUGAAGCUUCUUAAAAGCAUUUUGAAGGCUUUUUUUUUUCUUUUUUUUCUGAGAGUUCAUUUUGAGUAUCUGUCAAUAUGUGUCUAUAUAUAAACUCUUCUUUUCUGAAAGUCACUGGGGCUUUGGCACUCACAGUAUGUCUGAAGUGAUACAGUAUGUUUUUUGCCUAUAUGCAAAGGUCACAUGACCCCGCCUUAGGUCGCUUCAUUGGCAUUGGGCUAGUUCAAGCCGAUCACUGUUCUUAUUUAUUAUUUAAUCCUUUCGUAUUCACACUCAGCCGAAGUGAACCGAAGUGCACAUGCAGCUUACUGAUGCGCUGACUUUAUUUUUAUAGCUAAUGCUAAAGCAGUGUGUAUUUGUGUGUUGUUUCCCCAGAGAUUUUGAUUAAACAUAGUCUUGUAAAAGAGCAGAAGCGGAGAGCUUUGUAAAUCUGCCAAAUGUCAGACGGUGCAAGAGCGCUUCGCUAGCUGAUUUUGCUUCAGGGAGCCAGUUGGCACAUUAGCAUGGUAGUUGGAGCCCAUUUCCAAGUCCACCUUCUAUAGUGUCACUCAGUACACCUGCUGAUGUCUUACUGAAUUACUAACCAACCUCUUAUCUGUAUUUUUUUGGGAAGCUUUCUGCAAAUCUAUCAGUCGAAUUAGCAGACAGUGAAAAAUAUAAACAGCAUUUUGUUUUAUUAGCAUUAUUUGCAUAUGACAAUCUUGUUGCAGAUGUGUGUUUAUUUAUCAUUUAACAUAUCAAAACAUAUUAUAUAUAUGCAGGAGAAAGUUUUAAAAUGCACUUCUAAAUCAUUUUCUCUGUAUCAUUUUGCGAGUAUUUGCUUAAUCUCUUUCGUGUGCCACUUGAAACGUAGCAGUAUACCUCUGAAAAGAAUACCAUGCUAUGGUCUGCGAUGUUUUGUCCAAGUACAUAGUGUUCAGUGUUCUCUUCUGUGCUAAACAAACACAAAAAAAUAGGUACCAUCAGAGCUCAGGGUGGAAAUUACCCCAACAAAACAUUUUCCUCUGUACACACAAAGAAUCUGAGGCUUCAUCCAUUACUAAAAGCAUCUGUCAGGCGGGCACGUCAAAUUUUGGCUUCAUCUGAAGCAACUGGGAUGAAAGGAGAAAGUAAAUCCUGAUAUCUUGUUAUGCCCUGUAUCUGGCAAUAGGUGAAAAUAAUCCCCCAUCACGGACGGGCUGGCUCUUUUUCACUCGUUUAUUUGUUCUUCGCGAAAGAAUGUGUGGGGAGAUGGAAGGCGAGAUCAAAGAAAACCCGGUUCUAAAUAUAGACCUCCUCUGCAAAAUCCAGGGUCUGAAGGGGUUUGUUUAAAACACAAAAGCACAUGAAAGAUCCUCAUAGACAGCAUGAGAGACCACCUGACCUGGCAGACCCAUUGUAGAGCAUUGUCUCCUCUUUACCGACAUAAUCCUCUAUAGAGUAAAGUGUAUUCUGGGGAGAUGGGACACAUGGCAGCUUUCAUACUAGACAUAAAUUCAGCUCAAUUUUGAGUCAUGUCUUCUCUGUUGCACUGCCAUAUUUUGCAAUGUCUUGCUUUUUAAAGGCAGAAUUUGUGAUAUGCAACACAUUUCUAUGAGUUUCUGUGCCCCCCAGUUGAAUGUAUAUUAACACCAGUGUCAGAUUUGCCUGUCUUGUCUUGUCUUGAGCAAUUAUAUCAUUUAACUUCUUGCUUUUGACAUUUGUUUUGAGCAAGGUGCAUUUUUCUGAAAAGUCCUGGUUGUUCAUAUGCCUGUAUGAUUAGUGUAUGAAUUUAUAUCAUGCUUUUAAACAGUCGUGAUCCUGUAUUUCUUUUUUUUUUUUUUUUUUUUUGUCUAUAUUAAUUAAUUUAAUUUCAUUCUCAGUUUUUCUCUUUACUAUUUAAUCUGAGUUGCUUAUAAAUGACUUCAGUUGAUCAUGAAAUGUUUUUAAAUCUACUGCGGCUGAGACUUCAUUUGAAUUUUCAUUAGGUAAUGGACCAGAUUACGUUUUAUUAAGCCCAUUGUAUGCAUUCUUGCUGGGAGGUUUUUUUUUUUGUUGUUGUUGUUUUUAUCUGUCUUUGCUGUGUCUCAAAAUAUAUUAAUGAGCAAAAGCCCUCAAAAGGGGCCCCAUAUGAUGCCAAGAGUCUGUCUCUGAUAGUACCUGCACAAAACAGCAUAUGCUUUCACCCCUCCUCAGAGACAGAGACCGGAAAAGGCAGUAGACGUGAAGUGUCUGUCUGGAGAAACUGAAUUUGAAUGUGCAAAAAAAUCCAGGUUGUAAGAUGUAUAUGUUUUGCAUAAAAAAGUGAAAUAUUCCAUCUAGAGAAUUUGAACUUGAUUUAAACAGUUUGUCUAUUGAGUUAUUUAAUCAUGUUUACUGAACAUGGCUUUUGGAUGUUCAUUAUGUCGACAUAAUGCUUAAUUUGCAUCAGUUAGAUACAAGUUCUGAUGGGUUUGUGGUUGUGUGCACUUUUUUGUCCCUUGCCAUCUAUAUAAGCUUUUUCGUUUCUCUUUACAACAGCAUUUCAGCCUGUUCAGAUACAUACAGUAUGGGGUAUAUUUUAGCUUGUUGAAUUUUGUGGUCUUGGAAAUGUUGUAUGGAAUGUUACAAUAAAAUGAUAUUUUUCUACAAACUGCA